AUGCAGGAGGGUGCCCUGCUUUUAAGCCAACGAGCUGUUGGGGUCCAUGAUGGCAUCAAAUCUGUACCGCAAAAGGAUCCCCCUCAACAUCUGGCAAGACGUAUGCUUCUGAUGACAGUGACUCAGAGGUGGAGGUUGGACCUUCCCACUAAGGUGUUGCAGAUGUAUCUGCCGUUCUGUGGUAUUGCCAUCUCAAACGCCCAGCUGUUCGCUGCGUCCAGGAAAGAGUACGACAGGAGCAGGGCUCUUCUAGAGGUUGUGAACGAUUUGUUCGAAGAGCAGACCGAUUUGGAGAAGAUCGUGAGGAAGAUCAUGCAUCGAGCUCAGACCCUGCUGAAGUGUGAACGCUGCUCCGUCCAGCUUCUGGAGGACAUCGAAUCUCCAGUGGUGAAGUUUACCAAGUCCUUUGAGCUUCUGUCACCCAAGUGCAGCGCCGACAUGGAGAACAGUUUCAAGGACAGCAUGGAAAAAUCAUCCUAUUCUGACUGGCUGAUUAAUAACAGCAUUGCAGAGCUGGUCGCCUCCACUGGGCUUCCUGUGAAUAUCAGCGAUGCCUACCAAGACCCACGCUUCGAUGCUGAAGCAGAUCAGUUCUCUGGCUUCCAUAUUAGAUCUGUCCUGUGUGUCCCUAUCUGGAACAGUAACCACCAAAUCAUAGGUGUGGCUCAGGUCUUGAACAGGUUAGAUGGAAAACCAUUUGAUGAUGCAGAUCAGAGGCUGUUUGAGGCAUUUGUGAUAUUCUGUGGACUGGGAAUCAAUAACACCAUUAUGUAUGACCAAGUGAAGAAGUCCUGGGCCAAACAGUCUGUCGCUUUGGAUGUGCUGUCAUAUCAUGCCACUUGCUCAAAGACUGAGGUGGAUAAGUUUAAGGCAGCAAACAUCCCUCUGGUGUGUGAACUGGGCAUUGAUAAACUAUCGUUUGAUGACUUCUCUCUGGAUGUGGAUGCCAUGGUCACUGCAGCUCUGCGGAUGUUUAUGGAGCUGGGAAUGGUGCAGAAAUUCAAAAUAGACUAUGAGACACUUUGUCGGUGGCUGUUGACCGUGAGGAAGAACUAUCGCAUGGUUCUGUAUCAUAACUGGAGACAUGCAUUCAACGUUUGCCAGUGCAUGUUUUCCAUGCUGACAACGGCCGGCUUUCAGGAGACUCUGACUGAGAUGGAGAUGCUGGCUCUGAUAGUGGGCUGCAUCUGCCAUGAUCUGGACCACAGAGGAACCAACAAUGCUUUCCAGGCCAAGACGGGAUCAGCUCUCUCUCUUCUUUACGGGACAUCCGCCACACUAGAGCACCAUCACUUCAACCAUGCUGUUAUGAUCCUGCAGAGCGAGGGACACAAUAUUUUCUCUAACCUGUCUUCCCAUGAGUAUGGAGAACUCAUGCAGCUCCUAAAACAAUCCAUACUGGCCACAGACCUAACACUCUACUUCCAGAACAGAAACUCCUUUUUUGAGCUGGUGAAUAAAGGGGAAUACAACUGGAAUGUGAAGGAACACAGAGACAUGUGCAGGUCGAUGUUGAUGACAGCGUGUGAUCUGGGUGCUGUCACGAAACCCUGGGAGAUAUCACGCAAGGUUGCAGAGCUGGUGACUAGUGAGUUUUUCGAGCAGGGAGACAGAGAGCGAUCAGAACUGAAACUGACUCCCUCGGCGAUAUUUGACCGAAACCGCAAAGAUGAGCUGCCAGGUCUACAGCUGGAGUGGAUUGAUGGAAUCUGUGCGCCGCUGUAUGAGACAUUUGCCAAAUUAAACCCCAAACUACAGCCAAUGAUUGACUUGAUCAAGGCCAAUCGUGCCAAAUGGGAAGAGCUACACCACAGACACCAGCGCAGCCAGGAAACCACCGGUCCUGGCAGUCCACGUAACGCAGACGCCACGGCAACCAGCUGCAGCUGCGCAGGCCCCAGCGACUCUCUCUGACCCGCAGCAAUGCAGACGGAAGGAGUUUUGACCUCUGCUGCACGCUUCAGACCAGCAGCCAUUACCUCACUAGCGCCCUCUAUCGGGCAUUUGCUCUAUCUGUGAGCACUUCAGGCAACUGCGACCGAGUUUGCAUCCGUCUCCACAGUGCAAAGACUGCACGUUUAGCUAGC